GCUAAAUUUAGGAAGGAAAUAAAAAUUCUCUUUAUUUGCUAAAACAAGAAAAAUCUGCUUCCUACUCUUUCUAUUUUAAGUAUCACGAUUGUCUGAACAAGAACAAGAAAUGGUGACAGCCAAAUCAUCAAACCCUGAUCAGUUUGAUAGAGCAAGUGAAUUGAAAGCUUUUGAUGACACAAAAGCUGGAGUUAAAGGCCUUGUUGAUGCUGGAAUUACUGAGGUUCCUCGAAUAUUUCAUCAACCACCAGAUAAAAUUCAGAAAACCUCAGUGUCAGGUGAUACCCAGUUCAGUAUUCCUGUUAUAGACCUUGAAGGAGUGAAGAAAGAUCCAAUUACUCGAAAGGAAAUAGUGGAAAAAGUUGGGAACGGGUCAAGGAAAUGGGGAUUUUUCCAAGUGGUCAAUCAUGGAAUUCCAGAAAGCGUUUUAGAGGAGAUGAAGGACGGUAUAAGGAGGUUUUUUGAGCAAGACCUUGAGGUGAAAAAGCAGUGUUACACUCGAGAUUAUUCGAAACCGGUGGUGUAUAAUAGCAAUUUUGAUUUGUAUACUGGUUUAGCAGUCAAUUGGAGAGAUUCAUUUUUCAGCCUUAUGGCUCCUAAUCCUCCUAAGAUGGAAGACUUGCCAGCAGUUUGCAGGGAUAUAAUGGUGGACUACUCAAAACAAGUACAAAAUCUGGGUUAUUUACUGCUGGAGUUACUUUCGGAGGCUCUUGGGCUGAAACCUGACCACCUGAAAGACAUGGAUUGUGGCAGGGGGCUUGCUAUGCUAUGUCAUUGCUAUCCCGCAUGUCCACAGCCAGAAUUGGCUUUGGGCAUAAGUAAGCAUGCAGACAAUGACUUUGUCACGGUGCUUCUACAAGAUCAUAUUGGUGGCCUCCAAGUACUUCAUGAAGAUAAGUGGAUUGAUGUACCUCCUACUCCUGGGGCUCUAGUGAUCAACAUUGGAGAUCUUUUGCAGCUAAGCCCUUCACUUAUAUCCAACGACGUUUAUAAAAGUGUCGAGCAUAGAGUACUGGCAAAUUCAGUGGGACCUAGAGUAUCAGUGGCAUGUUUCUUCAGCACUUCUGUAAUGUCAAGGCUAUAUGGACCGAUUAAGGAAUUGUUAUCAGAAGAGAAUCCUCCAAAAUACAGGGAAACCACAGUGAGAGACUAUGUUACCUACUCCAACGGAAGAGGUCUUGAUGUUGCUGGUACUUCUCCCUUGCUGCAUUUCAGGUUAUGA